AUGAGGAGUACACUUGCAUUGACAUUCAUUAUGGCACUCUGCCUCGUUACAUAUGUUGCACAUGCUGCCGAUCCAACACCACCAAGUUGCACCUGCGUUGGUAAAGGAAAUCCAUGUGGAAUGCAGAUUGCCAAUCAGACUAUUUGUACAACAUAUUGUCUAGAGACUGGAUAUACAUGCUGUGGAUGCAAUACAUAUAUGACACCAAUCGAGGGCUCAGAUCAGUUCAAGGAGGUCUACAGCUGCUUUGGUUGUCCACAGGGCAACCAAUGCAUCAAUCUUCUCGAUAGCAAGAGCGCCAAUGUCAAGCAGACCGGACUGGUAUUCAUGUGCGUAUCAUCCUUCAACAAGAUCAUGCCAUCAGCUGCCCUGGUCAUCCUGUCAAUAAUGUCGAUGCUUCUAUUCUAG